ACAUAUAUGGUUAUACCUCCUACCAGCAGCAUUCACUGCCUCUCACAGCGAGCAAGCUCGCACAGCAGAACGGAGGCAAUGAGCGGCGAGGUGUGGUUUCCUGCACUGGGCCUGGUGGCCUGGCUGUGCUGCCUCGGUUCGGGACCCGUUCAGGGGGGGAAAGUACUGGUUGUGCCUGUGGAUGGGAGCCACUGGCUCAGCAUGAAGAUACUGGUGAAGGAGCUCAGCAGCAGGGGCCACGAGGCGGUCGUGCUGGUGCCUGAAACCAGCCUGUUGAUCCAUGGCUCAGGGAGCUACAGGACUGAGAUGUACCAGGUGCCCUUCACCAAAGCCCAACUGGACGGAAAGUUCAGCCAGCUGAAGGAUGGAGUUUUCCUCAAGCCGCCGGCCAUCACGGACAUGUUCGUUAACAUUCAGCGUCUGGUCGACUUCACGUCGAUGCAGGUGAAAGCCUGCGAGAGUCUGCUGAACAACCAGCCUCUCAUGAGCAAACUGCAGAGCGAGGGCUUCGAUCUGGUGCUCACGGACCCCUUCCUGCCCUGCGGCUCCAUCCUGUCUCACGUCUUCUCCAUUCCAGCUGUUUAUUUCUUGCGGGGUCUUCCGUGUGAGCUGGAUUCAAGGGCUAACCACUGCCCGGCUCCCGCCUCCUACGUUCCUGUGGCCUUCUCUGGCAAUACAGACGUCAUGAACUUCCCACAGAGGGUCAAAAAUAUGUUCAUGUCCAUUUUCGAGUCAUAUUUGUGUAGAGUAAUCUACUACCACUUUGAGGAUCUGGUCAGCAGGUACCUAGGAAACGACAUGACCUACAAGGGCCUGCUUGGUAAUGGAGCGAUCUGGCUCCUCAGAUAUGACUUUACUUUUGAAUGGCCCAAACCUCUUUUGCCAAACAUGGUCUUUAUUGGAGGGAUCAAUUGUGCAAAGAAAGCUCCUCUUCCAGCGGACUUGGAGGAGUUUGUGGAGGGCUCUGGGGACGACGGCUUCAUCGUCUUCACCCUGGGCUCCAUGGUGUCCGACAUGCCCGAUAAUAAAGCCAAACAGUUCUUUGACGCCUUUCGGCAAAUUCCUCAAAGGGUUGUUUGGAGAUACACUGGAAACUUCACUGACGAUGUACCCGAGAAUGUGAAACUUAUGAAGUGGUUACCUCAGAAUGAUCUCCUGGCCCAUCCCAAGGCCAAAGCCUUCAUAACUCACGGCGGCACCCAUGGGAUCUACGAGGGUAUCUGCAAUGCCGUGCCCAUGCUCAUGUUCCCGCUGUUUGGGGACCAGGGGGACAACGUGCAUCACCUGGUGUCCCGUGGUGUUGCGGAGAAACUCUCCAUUUAUGACAUGACGACUGAAACUCUCCUGGAGGCACUUAAGAAAAUCAUCAAUGACAAAAGUUACAAAGAGAAGAUAGUGACGCUGUCCGAGAUACACUUGGACCGCCCCGUUGAGCCUUUGGACCUGGCCGUCUUCUGGACCGAGUUCGUCAUGAGACACAAAGGAGCUGCACAUUUAAGGGUAGCGGCACAUGACUUGAACUGGUUUCAGUACCACAGCCUGGACGUCUUUGUCUUCUUUGCCGUCCUCCUCCUCAGCGCCCUGGGGCUCACGCUCAGAGGCUGCUUGUUCUGCACACGCCGCUGUUUCAGGAGAGGGACGCCAAAGAGGAAGCAAGCGUAGCGUUUCUACGGCAACAGACGGUCAUUUAGUAAUGAAUUGAAUUUGUGAACGAGGGUAUGUGUGUGCACGUGUGUGCGUGGUGUACAUUUUGUCUUGAUUUUUAUCUGGAAUCGUGUUUAAAAA